AAUAUUUACAAACGGAGAAUUCGUUUGCCGCAACAUAAAUUUCAAAUGAAAUACACAAAGAAAUUUGUUUGACACUGGUGAACAGAGGAGAGAGAAAUGAGUUUGGCUACGGCGUCGUAUGCAGCACGUCGAGCAGUGCAGAAGGAGAGGGUCAGGAUUCUCUAUAGAAGAGCACUCAAGGAUACUCUUAAUUGGGCCGUUCAUCGCCACCUCUUCUACAACGAUGCUGAUGCUCUCAGAGAGAAGUUUGAGGCCAACAGACAAGUGGAGGAUAUUGAACUCAUUGAUAGAAUGAUAGCUGAUGGUGAAGCAAGCCACAACAAGUGGCGGCACCCCGAUCCCUACAUCGUUCCAUGGGCGCCUGGCGGCUCCAAGUUUUGCCGAAACCCAACACCACCUCCUGGGAUUGAGAUAAUACAUAACUAUGGUCGCGAAGAAAAUGAAUGAUUUAUAACAUGGGAGAAUACCUAGAGAUUGCUAAUAUGGUGCUGCAAUGCAGGGAAGACUGAUUUGAAUUCUGGUUUUUUUGUUGUUCGAUUUUGUUUAAGCUCGGUUGAUGUAUCGAGUGGCUGCUGACUGAUAAAGAUGAGUUAUUACAAUGAAACUCUUGAUGGAAAUAUUCAUAUUCUGUUA